ACCUGGCAGAAGUCGACCUGUGUACGAGGAGAGAGAGCUGUCUUGUAUUCUACUCUACCAUAUCUUCCUACCUAAAUGCUCGCGAAUCAAUCCGGGCAUCCGCUUCCAAUCACCGGUAUAGCAUCAACACGUAUUUCGACCAUAUGGCAGAAGAGCAACAGGACAAAAACUUUACUAUAUAGGUUCGUUUUCUGCUACAGAGAUCCUAAACAACUAGCAACGGGCCUUGUCGACAAACGCCGCCAGGGAAACCCGAAAGCAAAAUACGCUCGCCAGUUGAAGAAUGGCGCAAUCAACGUAUACUACCAAGUCCGGUGUGAGGACGGGUUUGAAGCAAUCGUAUGGUUCGCUGCGCUGGGAAGAGCGAUAUUUUGCACCGAAAAUGUCCGGAACGAGGUGGCCGUGAUAAACUAUCGCGCCAGGAUACCUCAAUCCCAGUACCUGAAGUUCUUGGCUCGGGUAAUUAUGGAACAGUCCCCUGAUGAUGGAUUGUUUUGGGUGUGUCUUGUGGCAAGGUCCAGUUCCAUGUUCGAUGAGGUUUACGGGACCCAAGUACUACGGACCGCUUAUGUAUCGAAGAGCGUGCUGGACUCCUGAGUGAGGAAGAGCGCCAGACAAGUUUGGUGGACCUUUUAGCGUUCUGUACUGUAUCUUUUUGAGGGCUCCUACUAUGCAGUUAGGGCCGUUUUGUCUCCACCAUCUCCGAAGGGUAUUGUACAUUCUUUAUAUACUUUACCCGCUUGACUAUAUUGAAGCGAUGUUUCUUUAUUUUCUCCUUUUAAGCUCUCACUACCCUGACAGCAAUGGUCAAGGUGGGUCGUGGAGUAGUAUAUAAUUUAGUAGCCACAACCAAGACAUAGUGCCCGA